CACAGACAACCUUGGGCACGAAUGGUUGACCCUGAUAGAGUUGCCACAUCUAUUAUUGAAACCUUUAAGCAUUGUAAGAAAGGUACACCCACUAUACGGAAGCCGAGUAACGUUAGGGAAUGGACAGUAUUAUCGGGCAUCGUUAUUGUUGAUGAGGAUACUGAUGAGUACCGUCCAGUUGUUGUGACCACUGGUGUCAAGGCGCUUCCUGAUAAAUUCUUGUCUAAGGUCCAUGGGAAGGUUCUACACGACUGUCAUGCGGAGAUCUUAGCGUUAAGGGCAUUCAACAAGUUUGUAGUUGAACAAUGUCACAGCGACACUACUGGGUUUAUCCAAAAGUGCGAUUCCACAGACAACGGCUGUUUCAAAUUUCGGCUUAAAGAAGGGCUAAAGAUAGUUCUUUAUAUCAGUGAACCGCCGUGUGGUGAUUGUUCACUUGAGCUCUUGUCCAACGAUAGGGAUAAGUGUAACGAUAGUGAUGUCAAAUGGGAUAAAGUCCAUAUCCUUGAAGGUGGUGUUGUUAGAGGUCGGGAAUGUUUUGUGCUAAGGGGGAAAGUAAGGACUAAACCUGGUAGAAGGGACUCUCCGUUGACGUUGUCGAAGAGUUGUUCUGAUAAACUCAUUAUGAAACAAUACUGUGGAGUUUUAAAUGCCCUUGUCAGUCAAUUUGUCGAUCCAUCGAACGCUUUCAUCCAUUCCGUGGUGCUGCCAAGGGACAGAUGUAACGAUGAAGCACUGUUUAGAUGCUUUGAUGGGAGACUCAAGCAUGGGGCCCGUAGUUCCAUCCACAAGUUUGCGACCCUAAAGACUUGCAAACGUCACGAUUGGGAGAGGUUUGAAGAGGAUCAACCUCCUAGUAAUUUGAGUCUUGUACACAUUGAAGGUUGUCCUGAUGAGGCCAUUGAUAAUUUUGUUAAGAACGGUUUCUAUUCAAAGAAGUGUCUCGUCAGACCCAGAGGUGAAAGCUGUCUCUCCAGGGUAUCGUUAUUCAAGAGGUGUAAACCGUUCCUCGCCUUGGACGAGAGAAGGUGUACGACGUAUAUCGAAGUGAAGAGAAGAAACCUGGAGUACUAUGCAAAGAGAGAGGUUGCGAAAAGAGACCUCGGGGCCUGGAAUAGCACAAGUACUGAUGACUUUGUUCUUGAUUUGUUAACGCCAUAAGUCACUUUAGUUGCACACAUCUCAUCCCGGUGUAAAAUUCCCCCAUCUCUCAGAAAACCUACGGUAUUAAUAUGCAUGGAAUGUUCUUAGGACUGCGUCAGUGUGCAUAAACGAGACUAAUAGUCCCUCCAUGUGUUGUUUUUCUGUAGGGUUCGGAAACUGUGUGGGAAUCAAUGGGAGGUUGGUUGGUACUUGAGCUAUGGUUAAUGGUUGUUAGUGUUCCGUCCGAUGUCACUGUUCUGUCCGAUGUCACUGUUCAAUCUGGUGGCCUGUGUGAACCUGUUGUGUGUGGAUGUCUUAGAGCGAGUGUAUAGGAGCAAAUGCACAGGAGCAAUCAUC